AUGUCUUCCCACCAACAAGAGGAAGAAAUUCAAAUACUUGAAGAAGUCUCUUCUCCGAUCGUUGGUUCUUUUUCUGAUGUACAUUAUCAUCGCAAUGAUUACUCUCCGAUCGCAACCACAACACCACCACCCACUCAUGAAUCAUCAGUAAGAAACAACGACCAAGACGACGACGACGAUCAUGAUCAAACAUCAACCCUUCUUUCACAAUUCAUCACUCAUCGAUCGUUGGCCAAUGUAGACUCUUCUACUGCUACUACGACGACGACGACCACUUCUUCUACUCAAUCAAGCCUUUCUCAUCAAAUGUCGCCGCCAUCAGAAUUACUUCUCACUUCUUCUUCUUCUUCCAAUGGAUCAACAACAAACAAUACUUCCUAUCGGAAGCAAUUAUAUCAAUCCUGUGUAUUUACCUAUCAAGUAUUAGUCAUUCAAGGAAUUUAUUCCUAUUUUCUCGAUUAUUCGAUAUUUAUUUUAAUGUUGAGAUUGUUUCAAAGUUUUGUGUAUCACUACAGUUUUGUUUAUUCGUAUGGAAAACCAACACUAUUAGGAAGAAUAUUUAAAGAUAUGAGAUUGAUCAAACGAAUGAUAUUAAUUAUCAUUACAUUAUUACCAAUCGUGUACAUUCAUGUAUCCAAUUAUUUAUCCAACAAAAAAUAUUAUUCUCGAACAGUGGAAAUGAUCAAUGAUGAUACUUUUGUACUCAUAGACUUUUUUGAAAGAGAUCAUGAACACUAUCGUCACCAUGGCCUCUCAGAAGAACCCUUUAAAAUUGGAGUUUUUUCAAUCAAUGAUCAAUCUGUUACAGUGCAUGGGACUCAUGAAACAAAAUUCGUUGAGAAUUUGGGAGAAACACGUUCUAAAACAACAGAAGAAGCAGUCAUUGAUAGUGUUCAUGUUGACAUGUCUUCAAACAGAAUGUUUGACUCUCAUCCCACAUUAUUUGUCAUUUACUUGUGUCUCUUUGACGUUCUCUUUGCAAUACUUCAAGUAUCCUAUGUCACUAGCUUAAUUUCUCUCAAGAAAAAACCAACUCAACAACAAAUUCCAGAAGAAAACAAUUCAAUGGCAGACGUGGUAUGA